AACAGCAAAUAUGGUGCGCUACCACCAUCGCACGGAUGCGGGUGGUGCGAGGUACAUGAUGCACACGGUAUUCGCCAAUUCCCGCCCACUCCGUCGGUGCAACCCGUGAGACAAAUCGCAAUGCCCAGACGUUCCUUGAUUGACCAUGAUGAGGGAAAAGAAACGGGUGAAAGGAUCGAGAACGGCUCAGAGAACCAGUAUCGAACUAGCACGGACAUCCUCUGGGGUGGGGAAGGAUCACUGCUGAUGAUGGUGACGAAGCGGAAGAUCAGUCCGGGAACAUGCUCGUUCGAUCAACGGUUGGUUAUCGUCGACGCUCUUGUUGGCGGGAACGUCUUUUCUUUCAGGUACCACGGUUUCACUUACAUCCCAAUUCUCUCACUCCCUCUGUUUUCGUUUCUCCCACGAUCCAUGGAUGAUCGCUACUCUUGUUUUUCCUCCGAUGCUUCUUCGUUUAAUCGCGAUCCCUCCGAACAGUACAACCGUUCCCAUCUCCUAAUCUCCGUCAGCUCAUGGCAUGAUCCAUUCCCAAACAAAGAAGAAAGACCGAAAGAGUCUCAGGUGCUUGUCGAUGAGAAAUGACUGAGGACCAUCCCCGCAACGUUGUCAGAUAACCGACCCGACAAACACAGCCUGCACACAUCCCACCUUGUAGCAUAACAUUCCUAUUUGUCGU